AUGGAGCAGGAGGCCGGCGACGACUAUGUGCGCCGCAUCGCUGCAUACAUCCGCGCCAACGAGCACCGUCUCGCCCACUCGGGCCCAACUCCCCGCCGCCCCGUCUCUCUCCCCCCGCCGUCCCUCUUCUCCUGGCUCACACACGCCGCGCCCCCCGCCCCCCUCACGCUCGCCACCGACACCCACCACCUCUUCUAUCUCCUCAUCCGCCUCGAGGCCCUCGGUAUCGAUGUCGGCUCCCUCGACGUCCACAUCCACGCUCCUUCCCGUCCAAUGAGCUACGCAAGCGUCUUCGCCGACUCCAAGAACCCCGAGACUCUCUCCCUCGCCUCCCUCCGCUCCUCCCUCUCCGUCGUCUCCGCCUUCUCCUCCUUCGGCUCAGUCUGGUGGUCAGCCUACCAGCCCCCCACCAUAGAUGCAGAGCUCAAGUACAUCUACAGCAGCUUCACAAAGCUUCCCGCCCUCGCCCUCUCUCCCCCAGGCAGAAACCUCAUUACCGAACUCGUCCAUGAUCCCCCAGGCCACAACGCUGUCCCACUCGACGCGUUCAAGAACCUUCAGCGUCUCGAGUGCGACAAUAUCGAUCCGCGCACCCUUCUCGGCUGGGACCGCCUCGCCGAAUCCUUGAGGUCCCUCAAGAUCAAGAGCUCUGGCCUCCAUGACGUCUCCGUCAUCUUCAUCGGUGCUGUCCUCGACGACGACGCCCGCAGAAACGGCAGUACAUCCCGCAAGCGUCAGAGGAUCAUCCCACCUCUACAUACCCUAGCCGAAGAUACCACCGUUGACGACCCCGACCCUUUACCGAAACAGCUUUCUUCCCUCAAAUGGGCUUUCCUCAAGCACCUCUACCUACCCGACAAUGCUCUCACCUUCUUCCCCCAAGAAAUAAUUCCCUAUUUUCCGUCCCUCACAUAUCUCGAUCUUUCCUCAAACCUCUUGGUUUCCGUCCCUCCAGGUCUCGCCGAACUCUACAAGCUUCAUUCCCUUAAUUUAUCCGACAAUCUCAUCGAUUCCGUGCUUGGUAUCUAUCAGAACCUCGGCCAAGUCCUCGCUCUCAAUCUCUCCCACAACCGUCUCGAGUCACUAUGCGGGCUCGAACGUCUUCUUGCUCUCGAACGCGUCGAUCUCCGAGACAACCUCAUUGACGAAAGCCUCGAAAUCGGCCGACUGGCCGUUCUUCCCAAUAUCGCUCAAUUAUGGGUUCAAGGCAAUCCCUUUACCGAGGUUGAGGAUGCGUAUCGUAUCACUUGCUUCAAUUACUUUGCCAAAGAAGGCAAGGCCAUCUCCCUCGACGGAACACCACCUGGCCCAUAUGAGAAACUUAGCCUCGAACACGCCGUCUCCGACCCCAUUCCAUCCACCUCGCCAUCUGCACCUGUCAUUUCCGUCGAGCAUGCCCGCGAUCCAUCAGCAUGCAGCCCACCACCACCCGACGAGACGUCUUCUUCCCCGCCCCGUCACCCAGCUGGGAUUGGCGGCCCGCGGCGGAAAAAAGUCAAACGCAUCGUGGAGCUCGACGCUAAUACGAGUGGACAAAGCUCUCGCUCUGGCUCGCACUCGAGAAUGCACUCGGUAGACCGUCGACCAGAAACCAAGACGACAGAGUCGCCUCGACCAGCGGACAGUCAGCCGCCAGUCACCCAGAACGCACCAUUGAGCCAUCGCACGUCAGAUCCUUCCUUGAACGCCCCUCCAGAGUCCAACGACACGCGACAGCGGCCACGGCAUGUUCGCCACCAAACAGACAGCUUCAAUUCCACCUCUUUCAUGGCUGCAUCCGACGCGUUCAGGUCUUCCGAGGGGAAAUAUUCGAGCCUGUCUCGUUCAAACCGGCGCAACACCAUGACGUCAAGAUCUGAGGCGCGUCGAAAUCGAAUCAGCGCGUCGGUCUUCGAAUCGCCAGGGGAGGUGCCGGCAUCUGACGACAGCGGUGAGACGUACCGGAGGCGAAUAGAGGGACUGAAGAAGGACAUGGGCGAGAGCUGGCUGAAAGUUUACAACCAGAGCCAUGGUUGA